AUGUCGCCGGUCAAAACGAUUCCUCGGUACCAGAACAGUUACCGUCUCGAGCCGUACAGGCGCUUCGAGCCCGAGGCGGUCGAUAAGAUCCUGAGGGACGUGAUGGAGAAGAAGUUGCCGAUUCUGACGACGUACCAGCACCAGUUAGUUACCAGGUUAGCCGCCGAAAUUUCCACGGAAGUGCUCAGGGCAAUCUCGAGGAAAGACUACGACAGGUGUAAAGUGAUCGUCCAGGUCAACAUAAUGCAGCGCCAGUUCCAAAGUGCCCACGUUGCCUUCAAGUGCCUCUGGGACGUCGAACGUGAUAAUUACUCGUACUAUGUGUACGAGAGCCACGCCGUCUACGCCUGGGUCUGCGUCUUUGGCCUCUACUACGAGUGACGUCUUCCCCUCCGCCAUAUCGUUCCACUUGACGGACGCCUUUUCCGCGAAAACGAAUUUAUGUACCUUAAAUAUUUAAUUUACCGCGGUAUGUUAUGCGUAUUAUGUAUAUCGCGGGCGUUGAGAAAUCAUUUAUGUGCCGCUGCGAUAUCCGCGUAUCCGAUGGUCACAUGGAGAGAUAAUGUACUUAGGAAUAUGGAAGAGGUACUUGCGUCGCCUCGGCUACUAAUUGCCCAUCGACUUACGUCGUAGACUGCUCGUGGAAACUGAUCGGCAAGAGGUAUGAUAUAUGAGAUAGGGGAGCGUAGUCCUUUUCUUUACGUCGCAAUUAAAUUUUUUGUCGAAACUAUCGAGAAGGGAGAUGGCACGCUCCGGACGUGAAGCGAACCGAGGCAGGUUACAUGAUGAAUUUUAAAGCUCCGCGGCGAGGAGAGUUCAAGUUCAUUCUUGUUUUACCUUCGAUUUUAAUGAUUUAUCGAAGAUAGGAUAAUCCCGUGAUACCGA